AUGGAUGACUUUGAUGACUUUGAAGAGUUUUACUCUUGGGAGCGUUGCAUAUUCGCACCAGGAACCGACAGCCUGGGCGAAGGCGAAAGGUGGUGCAAUUGCGAUCCGGCUACGAAUACGAUAUGCUGGAAAGAGAUGGGAAGGCAAAAUGCUGCAGCUUGGCCGAACGAAGAGCAUAUGGAGGCCAUGGCCGAACUCGCAAGGACAGCAGCCAGACAGCAGGAAGAACAAGGACAUAUCAACUCGGCUACCCCCUACGAGAAUGAUGCAGCCAAUUCAACCACUGAUAACCCUAACCCUACCCAAUUCGAUCAGGUUGGAGACGUGGAAUUCAAGGGCAUGAUCGACUAUGACCCUGUUGCCCCCGAGGAUGAUUUGAUACUGUGGAUGGCAACCUACCAGUCGGAGCAAGGUGCGCCCACGACUCUUGCCGCAGAAGAUCACCUCGUGGUCUGA